CACUGUGAGACACAAAUAUAGGUAGUGUUGAAGUUAAUUGGAUGCUGUUGAGUAAAUAACUUCGUCAUUCCCUGGCAAACAUGGGUAUAGAGAAGCUACAUCUCGAGGAUGCCUUGGAAGAUAGUCCUCAGACCCGCAGUUUGCUGUCGGUAUUUGAGAAGGAUGCUAUGACUCUUAAGAAGUACACAACAGGUCUACACAACUGUUGUCAGAGAAUCAUGAAGGCACAGAAUGAGUUAUGUGCAGCUACACAGUCCUUGUCACAACACCUGAGAGAUUUUGAAAUCCAGAAAUUCCCGCUGGAGUCGGACGACAGCGUGCUGAGCUCCACAUUGAAGCAGUUCAGCAGCUAUUUAGAUGAUGUGAGCUCCAUACAACAGGUGCUGUCUGCUCAGUUCUCGGAGACCAUGAUGUACCCGCUGUCUAGGUUCCUACAGGCCGAUCUGGAGGAAGUAACAACUCUAUGUGAGAUGUAUCAAAUAGCCAGUAAUGAACAUGACAGUGCAAUGAAUCGGUACAUGAGAUUACCCAAGAAGAAAGAGAGUGAGAGACAGAAGUCAGAAUACAAUGAAGAACUCUAUCUCAUGAGGAAAAAGUUUCACCAGACCUCCCUUCAUUACUACUCCAGUCUAAAUGCUCUACAGUACAAGAGAAAAUGCUCCCUGUUGGAGCCCGUUAUGGGCUACCUUCAUGCCCAAAGGGCUUUCUUCCAGAUGGGCCAAGAUGCUGUGGGAAAGAAAGAAAUUGAGGACUUCUUGAACAACAUCUCAACCAGUGUUCAAGGAGUUCAACAGGAACUUCAGACGGAGACCAAGAAAACAGUGGAAUUGAUUGACUCACUGGAACAACAGAGUGCUCAUCUGUACCACGCGGAGCCGAUGGUUGACAUGCCUUAUAUCCCCCCGAACACGACGCUGACGCAAAAGGCCGGUUACCUGUUUCUGCGCAGAGGAAAACAUUUUCAUGUGCCUGGCCCGAUUGGCAAACAGCUGAUAGCCACAAAAUGGGAGCGAUGUUUUUUCUUCACAGUGGGAGGGAAUUUAAUGAGCCAGGCCAGAGAGGAGGUCAUUUCUACUAAUACAAAAAAAUUGGCGGGAAGUUUAGUAUUGGAUUUGAAUGAACCUGGCGUGUUGGCUGAACCACAUGAAUCAGAUGACAGGCGAUUCGUCUUUCAAAUAGUAUCACCCAAAAAUAAAAGAAAUGUAGUGCUGCAAGCUGAGAAUGAAAGAGAAAAAGAUGAGUGGAUCUGUACCCUGAACAACAUAGUGAGAGAGAGUGGAUAUGUCAAAGGGAAAGGGGGAGGUCCACAGGCCAAACCUAAGGAGAGAACCUCCAGUUCUAGCAGUAUGUCUAAACCUGGAUCUGGAUCUGUGAGUCCGGAUCAGGCCAGCAUUAGCAGCAUGUCAAGUACGGGGGCGGUUCCUAAGACCCCCGCCCCCACCCCUUCCAGUUCCUUCGUGGCUGACGCACCCAUUCAGUUUGAUUUGUUGACCCCUACCAGCCAGAAUGGAGGAGUCGCACCCAGCUUGCCAGGCCCCCCAAAAAGAAUUAACCCGUUUGACCAGUCAGCCAAUGAGUUACUGGACACUCUGGACUCGGCCAUUGAUAACUCAACUUUUGUUGAGAGUUUUGUCGUCAGAUUUCUAGGUUCUAUGGAAGUAACAACAGACAGAGGAGAGAAACUGGUGCAUGAAACGAUGAGACAAAUCAUGGCGGCGCGAGCCAUUCACAACGUGUUUAAGAUGACAGAAUCUAGACUGGUGGUCUCCAGUGAGGCUAUGAGGUUGAUAGACCCUGCUACCAACACACUCCGCACAACGUUUGCUCUGGCAGACAUCUCAUUUUGGGCAGCACAUCCCGAGAACACAAGACUGUUUGGGUUCAUCACUCGGACCAAGCCCCCGGGGGCCACCAACUCCACCUUCUCCUGCCAUGUGUUCGAUUGCAACAUUUCUGCAGAAGAGAUUUGUCAGGCAAUAGGAACUGCAACAAAACUUGCCUUCCAAGCAUUAAUGCAACGUAAGUUACCGCCAGGUGUAGGGAAGGAAAAGAAAGCGAUGGAGAAGAUCCAACAGGUGAAGACGAGGGAGAAGAACAUCCUCCUCCAGAACAUCCAGCAGCUUGAGGACGCUCCAGAGGAUGAAGAAGACAGUCUGCACAACCUCCCACUGUCUCCUGAUGGCAAAUACCUGGUGCUUACUGCUGCUGACGAAUCAGAAGAUGGCAUGGAGUCAGGUGACUUGUCUCAGCCAAUGGAAAAACUGACUGUUGAAUCUAUGCAGCAGCCAAUCAGUGAUAGCUUUGACACUGAGGAUGUAGAACCGGAGUCAGAAGCUUGAUGUUGAGGUUACGCAAUGCUUUUUGGUGUUAAUGUUUGGCUGUAGAGUCAUGGGUGUCAUACUGAUGUUCACCUCUGUGAUCUUGGUCUUUUGAAAGGACAUUUUUGUCGGAAGGUUUUUAGAUGAUAGUAAGGAAAUUCGCUGGGAGGGAAUUCCUAUUAGGUAUUUUAAUGAAAGGUUUGAAACUUGUAGUUAACAGUUAGUAUAUGUUUUUGUUGUAAUUUAUUUUAUAGAUACUUGUUAUUCUGUUUUAACAAGUCUAAAUACUUGUAUUGAAAAUGCUGUGUGGGUGUGGAUUGGGGUUCUGAAGAAUUUUGUUUUGCUUCUAAAGAUUUUAUAAAACAAUCGAACUUUUUUUUAGAUCUCUGUGCAAGAGACAGGGCUUAUGGGGAUCAACUGUUUUUGCUAUUUGGCUUGAUAGCUUGAAGACCUAAUGUUUGUUGUUUAUUUAAUAUAUGAUUUCGUUUUCUAUUUAUAUGUUAUAAAUGUCAGAAAUAAUUUUUUCAAACAAUGAACAUGUAUGUAGUAGUAUGUAUUUUCUUAAAAAAAACUACUAUCGACUUUCAUCAGGUUAUAUUUAACAGAUAAUAUUGCAUGUUGUCAAAGUUUGUUAAUGUUUAUAAAUCUAUAAACACAAUGUCAUGCAAUUUUUUUUUAUAUAUUUCAGAGUGAAAUACUUUCCUUAAACUGAUCUUUUUAAACAUGUAUAAUUGUAGGUGUUCCCCUUAACAUUUGAGGUUGUAAAUCUCCCUUUUACUAGUGCCAUUAGAGUUUUUAGUUGUAAUAGUCUUGCCACAGAAAACAACACAAUAAUCAGUUAUCUCCCAUCAUUUGUAACUAAAUAUCCCUUCAUAUGCUCUUUAAUCAUUGAUAAAACAAUGUAUCAGGCUCUUGAAAAAUGACCUAGGUGUAUUGAAUGUUAUUUAAUAUUUAUGUGAUAGCAUUUGUGGGUGUGUGUGUGUGUGUGUGUGCGAUUGUUAUAUAUAUAUUUAUAGAUAUAUGUAUCUAACAUAUUGCUCAGAACAGGAAUGUUGAAGAAGAACAAAUUUUCUGUAAGGUGUCCAUUGUUAUAGGAUCUACACUGUUGGAGUGGUAUUGCCAAUAGUCGUACAUGUAGAGGAAUCAUAUUGAAUGGGACUUUUAUCUUCAUCGAUUUUUCUUUGUGUGAUAAAUUGAAAGAAAGCAGAUGAAGAAAACUCAAAUGGGAUAUUUUUCAUGUUAUUUACAUAUUGUUAAAGUCAGCCUGUUGCAUUUUUAAGAAAGCAUUUAGAGUCUUAAAUAUUUUUUCCCUGUUUAAUUCAAUUUUUAUGAACUUCACUGUACAUUGUACUGUAUUCCUGUGUUAUGUCUUAUUACAAAUAGCUGAGGCGUUGAUGGAGGCAUUGCAGGCCAUUGAUUGACUUGAUGAAUACAUUGAAGGUCUCUGAUUAAAUACUGCUCUAUGAUUUUUACUUGCACUGUUCACAAUUUCACUUUUAGAAAAUAAUCAGGUUGAAAGGCAUUUAUUGUUGAAUCUUACCCUUAAGGGAAGGCUGACAUCAUCUGCAUUUAAAGGGGCAUGGUCACGAUUUUGGUCAAAAAUCAUUUUUUCGAUUUUAAUGUUUACAAUGCUUUAGUAAGGCAUUUUUAAUAGGCAACCAAAAUUUGAGUGUCAUUUGUUGAGUUAUAAGCGAGUUACAGAGCUUAUGAUUCUUCGCUAUGUAAACAAAUCUUUUGUUUAUAUUUUGAAUGUUGAAGUGAAAAUUCCCAUUUUAGACCUAUAAUGAAUGUGUUAAUCGUUAGGAACUGUUUUUUAUGCUUAAAAUGAAUAAGAUAGACAAAUCAGCUUGAAAAAGAUUUUUUACUGGUAUAUUGAACCUAUGAAAACAAAAACAGGGCACGGGCCUUGUUUACAUGACGAAGAAUCGUGAGGCCUGUAUAUAUCUUGCUUAAAACUCAUCGACUGGCACCCAAAUUUAUUUGAUCAUUAGAAAUCCAUUUUGAAAGCAUUUAAGAUAAAAACAGAAAAAUAAAAUUUGACCAAAAUCGUGACCAUGCCCCUUUAAAUAACAAGACUUCUUUUUGACAAAUUAUAUUCACCAAAUCAUAAUUAAAACUGUGUACAGAGUUAUGAAACUUAUGUUUUGCCACCCAUAUAAGAAUUUACCAUGCUUUGUUACUUUGGGGUGGUGAAGAAAUUUUUUCACUUUCUUCACAUAUCAGAAUAUUAGACCACUAAGGGGUUUUAAUCAAAUGUAAAUAAAAAUUCUAAAACUAUGCAAACCAUUUUCAUACAUGAAGUCAUGUAACUUGCUUAUUGUUUAUGGUAGAAACCGAUUUGGGAUUUGUCGUUUGUGCUUGCUUUAUCCAUUGUGCCUGAUUGUUUUUAACACAUCUUUACCUUGUGUUUUCCUACAUAUUGAUAACUUUCUUUUUUGAUUGAUAAAUAUUAGAAAUUAACUCUAUGUUUAAUACAUGUAUCAAUGAAAGCACUCCAUUUCACUAGCUGAAAAUAGCCACUUGAAAUUGUAUAUGAUACAGGA